GCAGUGUUAGAAUUUUGUUUAAAAGCUUACAGGUGUACUUAGUUGAUUGCUAAUUUCUUCCAGUUUUUUAUUAAAUAUUACCUUGCUAUGGCUCCUGACCCAGAUGAGAAAACUCGCAAAACUGAUAAUUACCAACUGUCAUCAGAAAAUGAAAACGUUCACCCUAUAGACGAUCAUUCCGAGUCUUCAGACGAUGGUGGUAAUGAGCAGGACUACAGUGGCUAUGAGUUACUUCCUCAGGAAGUUCCAACCAGUUCCAUCAAUGAAAUUAUCAAUAAUCUCACAGAAGAAAACAUCGAUAACGUCAUACAGAGUUCAAUCGAUAGUGACUCUCUAACUGUAGGAGGGACAACAACAAAUUCUUCCCAGGAAAACUCGCAUGACGGAGAAAUAUCAGAAAGGUGCUCUGUUUGGAAAACGAAAAGACCAAGUGAUAAUAUUCCCCUAGACGAAGAUAGGGCAUCGCAAAUUAAAAAUGCUAUGUUAAAAAUUCAACUGCCUUCAUCAGCUCAUCCUACUUGGGCAAAAGAUGUAUCGGAAGACGUUUGGAAACAUAAGUUGUUAAAGUCUCUGACACACAAAUCUUAA